AUGACCUCCCCCUCAACCCUAACAACCGUCUCCACCGCGACCUCGCCCCCGCCAAGAGACCCAACGCAGCCGGACCCCUUCUUCAACCCGCCCUUCUUCAACGACGUGCAGUUUCGAGACCGCGGGUGGUGGAAGAACAUCGCGCAUUUCACCAAGAAGCACCGCUCCGAGGGCAUCUUCAGCUCGGCGGCCAACCACAUCGUCUCGCACCUCGAGUUCGGCGGCUGCCUCGCCGACUACCCGGCGCUCAACAACCGCUACAGCAGGCUGCGCCGCCUCGAGGACAUUGACGACUUCAACGCGGCCAACAGCGCCGCCCGGGGCGACGCGCAGGUCCGCUUCGUCAACUACUUCACCAUCUCCACGGGCCGGCUGAAGAAGCCCGCCCCGCCGCCCCCGCUGCCGUCGAGCCCCUUCCUGAGGCCCGAGGACGCGGAGCCGCGGCGGUCCGUGGACGGGGCCAGCUCGCCGGGCUCCACGCCGCGCAUCUCCGUCGAGGACCACAGCGACGACGGCAGGCCCGUGUCGAUGCAGUUCAUCGCGCCCGAGCCGCUCCCGGACGAGGGGGAGGACGAGAAGGAGUACACCGACGCCAAGGAGCACAGCACGCCCGAGGGAGACAGAGGAGCCACAAGCAUAAACACCACCAACACCGCAGAAUCCAUCGACGCCGGCAUCACCAGGGAGAACACCCUCCCCGCGAUCCCCGACGCCCCGGAGCCCCCGCAGCCGCCGAACCUGGAGCAGUACACGGACAAGGAGGAGCGCAAGCAGGCCGAGAAGGAGGCGAAGCGCGUGCAGAAGGCGUACGAGCAGGCGGUCAAGAACCGCGACAAGGCCCUCAAGGAGCGGCAGAAGCUCGUCGAGAAGCGGCGCAAGCAGGCGCUCAAGGAGGCGCAGAAGCGCGAGAAGGAGGAGCAGAAGCGCGUCCAGAGGCAGGAGAAGGAGGAGCACGCCGCCCUGCAGAAGGAGAUCAGCGAGCUCAACCUGGCUGCUGUGGCCAGCGGCAGCAAGGAGGCGGCUGCCAUCUCGUCGGCGCCGGGGCCGAGCACGCCGGGGGCCCCGUCGCAGCAAGGGCAGCAAGACGAGAAGACAAAGAAGAAGAAGGAGCGCAAGUUCUGCAUGCUGCCGAUGAAGGGGCAGAACGGCACGAGGGACCCGACGUGGGUGCGCAUCGACAUGGAGGGCGUGGACGAGGUGGGCGCCCACUGCGGGCUGUUCUUCCCCGGCCCGCACUAUGAGAAGCUGGUCGGCGACGUGGGCUCGCGGAUCGUGAGCUGGGUGCAGGAGGACGCCUCAAAACGGGCAAUCCUAGCUCUAGACUAA